GCGGCAACGUAGAAGACCUAGGCGACAUUGAUGGCGUCGACAUGUGGCGCAGCCUAAUCACGGGCGCCGGUUCUCCGAGGGCUGAAGUGCUGCACAACAUCGACCCGCUGUGGAACAUGUCUGCCUUACGCGUUGGGCGCUACAAGUACGUCAAUGGGACGUACGGUGGCGGCAACUACGACGGCUGGUACCAUCCGCUGCAAGUCAGCGACUCUCAGCUCGGACUUUACAGAGUGGACAACACUUCAGGGGACAAGUACGGUCUGCACCAUCUCUACGACGACCAUGGUAGGGAUUUGACGACUCCUGUGGACAAUGUGAUGACGUGGCUGUACGAGCCUAACACUAAUCCUGUUCCUUCGUCGGGAGCAGGCGGCAGGAGCAACGUCUUGGAUCCGACUUGCGCGGCGGCUCGGACAAUCCUGUCCAUCGGUCGCACCUUGCCCGAAGCAUAG